AUGGUCAGACAGCCAAUGAUUACCAAGCUGCUGGCCACUGCAAUAGUAAAGAUUCAGUCACCAACAGCUACCAUAAGGGCUCGACUGUUAGUGGAUAUUGGAUCUGAAACCACAUUUGUUCUUGAAGAAGUAAUUAAUAGAUUACAAUUGAUUCGAAAGCGCUCCGUUGUUCAAGUUUAUGAAAUUGGUGGAAAAACAUCUAUCCUCAGUAAAGUCUAUGCUCACAUACUCGAAUCCUUGACAACUACACUUCCAUCAUUUAACACUAAACCUGAUUGGCCGCAUCUGAAACAUCUCACUCUAGCAGAUCCAGAAUAUUUUAUCCCUAGAUCAAUCGACAUUGUGCUAGGAGCAGAUGUAUAUGGGAAAAUUAUAAGGCCAGAUAUUAUCAAGGGUGCACCAUCCAUGCCAAUAGCUCAAUUGACCAUUUUUGGAUGGCUUAUAAUUGGACCUGCUAACUCAACCAACAACGUAAAUACAGUGACAUUUCAUACCACUACACAAAUGAUGGAAGAAGACUUACACGAACUAUUGACUAAAUUCUGGGUACAAGAAGAAGUUCCCAAGACGUUAGAUUGCCGAUACACACUUGAAGAACUAUGGUGCGAAGAAUUUUACAAGGCAACUUACUCCAGAGACUCCACCGGGAUGUAUACUGUUAGGAUCCCAAUCAAACUAUUAAUAAACAAUCUUGGAAAUUCUUACAACAAGGCACAUCAAUGCUUAAUCAGUUUAUUUAAACGUUUAUCAAGGGAUGAUAAUUAUCACGAGCAUUAUGGAAACUUUAUGAAUGAAUAUAUCGAACUCGAACACCUGACCAAGGUCAACCCAGUCUCAUCAAACACGCCGCAUUACUAUUUGCGUCAUCAUGGAGUAUUCAAGCCAGACAGUGCCACAACAAAAUUAAGAGUAGUAUUCAACGGUUCAAGCCUAACGACCUCUGGAUAUUAA